AUGGGAGCUAGUUUGUGUGAAGGUUACACCAGCGAUAUUGGUCUGGCCUAUAAUUCCGUGCGUUGUCAACGUAGUGCUCAGUGGUCUUCCUGCGAUCUAGGUCUAAUGAAUGAACGUCUUCGUCAUGCAAGCCUUAGAGGAUUAAGAUUUCGGUGCAUUCAUCUGACGCUUCCGAAAUUCUCUAGUGCAACGUUUUACCGACACUGCAUGGAACCAGUCGCCAAGAUGAGUACAUACUGCACCUGCAUCGACAAUUACCUGUUGAAAGCCCGCAGCUUGUCCGUCAACCUGCCAAAGCUUAAGAAUGUUUGUAACCAAAGUACUGAUUUUGCGGGACAUUAUUGUGAACGCCGCGGCGAACCACGGACGGAUUACAUCUCACUGCAAAUGAAGUGUGACCAUGGUCUUUCGCGGUGUAACGAUCAACAACACCGCAGAGGAUAA